AGUGGUUCUGUGUGUGUAUGGUUGUGAGUUGCUUUAUGCAGAUAUGGGUUUUACUAAAAAUUUACAUACAAAUAGAAAACUCUGACAACUGCUACAAUGAUUCUUUAAACCUUUUUUUUUCUUUCUUUCUUUCUUUUUUUUCUCCUAUUUACUCAUCCAAUAUGAAAUAUGAAGCUUUUGGCCUCUUUUCCCCUCUUUGUUCCUUUUCUCCCUCCAGCUUUCAGAUGCUUCUUUACACACCAGCUAAGCACAAUCUGCCUCGGAGAUCAUUAGUAUCAGCACCAAUGAUCUCCUAUUUGUUGAUAUUGGAAACAAGAGAAACUUGAUCAUCAAGUUCACAAUGGGUGUGAGCAUGUCGGUUGCCACAUCCUGGUUUUUAUGUAGCACUCAGAGACUUUUUUUCUUUAUGCUUAUUACAAGGCUGUCUUACAAUAAACGUGUAGGACUUAUUAAGGAGCAUGUUCACAGAUGAGACCUUACCAAAGCUCUGUCAUAUUUGUUGGAUUUUUUUAUUGAGCACAUCAAGUACAUGAAAGGACUUUUUUGGCAGAAAAACACAGUUUUAUUGCAAGUAUGAAAUAUAAAGCUGUUUUCUCCCUAACUGCUGCAACUGUCCUCCUUAUCACAUGGCAUAUCUUCAUGAAUUCUGUUGAUGUUCUGGACAAAGUAAAAAAUUCUCUUGGAUUUGAUCUAAUGGAUGUUGGACUUACAACAGUAACAAUUCCCCCUCCACCCAAGUGCAACCUUUCCAAGAGCUGUCCGCACAACCAUUUUGCAUUUGGUAUCGCAAGCGGAGCAGCUAAUGUUGUCGGGCCAAAGAUUUGUUUUGAUGGGAGAAACAUCAUGAGUCACGUGUUGAACAACGUGGGACCAGGACUGAACGUUGUUGUAGUAAAUGGUGAAAAUGGAGAUAUAGAAAAAUUUGGCUAUCUCAAUAUAAAUGCUGGAAACCCAGAAGACAUCCUGACAUACUUGAAGGAAAUACAAUCUGACAUGAUUGUCUUGGUGGCGUCAUUUGAUGACAUGGCAACAAAACUGACAGAUGAAAUGAGGGAGAUAUUUGUUGGAAUGGGAAGCACUUUGAUCAGUUCUGUGAAUCAGAGAGACAACUGGGUGUUUGCUGGAAGAGUGGGGACAAGUAUCAAAAGCCGCUUUGAGAAGCUUGCUGUUAAUGAUGAGAAUACCAACGUUUUUGAGGGAUGGCCAGAAAUGGUGGAGGUGGGCGGCUGUUUCCCAGGAACCCAGAUGACCUGAUGAUAAACAGCAACUUCAGUAUCAAUGAACUUUUUAAGAUUUUCUUUGAAAUAACUCUGCUUCUGAUUAUGUCACUCCAUUCCUAAAACUAAAAGCCAACUAUAGUUUUCUGAAUGGCUGACAGGUGCCUUGUACAGUAGCUCUCCUGGUGAGAACACUGAGCCAAGAAAUACACCAUGAGCAAAGGUCAAAGAAGAUCCUCCUAUUCAAACAAAGGCACGAAAAGCAAAGCAAAUGUUUGCAGCAAAUAAAUGAGCCAUUCUGAGUCCUUGUCCUUCUGAAAGAGGAACUUUAAGUAAAUUUCUUUGGGAUACAAUGCACUAGUUUAUAUACUGAUAUUAUAUAUCAUAUGCAAGUUUCAACGGUUACUUCAGUUCAGCAGUUAUGUCUCUAAGGUCCUGAGCAGUGAUGGGUGAGAAAAUAAAUUUUCCAUUAAAAGAUUUUGGAUUCAGCCUCUGGGUUUUUUUUUUUUUUUUUUUUUUUACUUUUGGCUUUUAACAUUGUUGGAUAAACCCAUGUGAAAUGCUUUAAAGAGAGAUACUUUAUCUCCUCUUGCCACCAUCAGAAGUGUAAGAAACCCCAACUAGACACUGUGUUUCACAAAAGUUAUUUUAUCAUGCAAUGUGUUUUGUAAGUUAAUCGAGUCCUAAAAAUAA